AGCCAGACCCUGGACAGGAGGGACCCAGGAGGGGUGUGAUAGCCUCAGUUAUAGCAUGCUGUGUGGAUGAACUUUGACCCCAAACAAGCAAUCCAACUCCUCCUCUCCUGGAUCCUCUCGUUCCAAUACGCUCUCUCUUCUUUUCUCUCCCUCCCUGUCUCCGACGCACCGCUCUGCUUCAAUACACGCCCUGACAUGCUGAGGGAGGGAGGGAGAGAGAGAGAGAGAGAGCGAGAGAGAGAGAGAGAGAGAAGGAUAGAGAUCAGAGCAGCUGAGAGAGAGAGAGAGAAGGAGAGAGAGAGAGAGAGAGAGAGAGAGAGAGAGAGCAGCUGAGAGGGAGGGAGGGAGGGAGGGAGAGGGCGUGUGAAAGAGGAGGGAGGGAGGGAGGGAGAGAGAGAGAGCAGCUGAGAGGGAGGGAGGGAGGGAGGGGGCGUGUGAAAGAGGAGGGAAUUCCAUCUGAGCCAACUGUACAGAGAGGCAAGAAACUUUGAGCCAAAUGGAAGAAGAGAAAGGAGAGGAAGCGUUCAGCAGCAGAUACUAUGGAGGGGAGGGAGAACACUAGGAGAUCUUAUCUGUGGUAAAGUGAUCCCUCCUGGCAAUCUCUCACGCUCUGACACGCUCUCUGUCUCUCUCUUUUUUCUCACUCUCUCACUCUCAGACAGAGAAGAGGAUCAGCGGUGGGAAAGACAGCGUCGGUACUGGAACCGUGUAGAAGCAGCAGCUCUGCUCAUGGACCUUUUCCUUGUGUUUCUAACCUGAGGACCAGGUGGAAAUGACAGACACACACUGAUUGGCUGGAGGAACCUGUGGAGAGAUUAAAUUAUCUUUCUCCACACACCUGAGUGUCCAGAGGACUGAUCCAAGUUGACCACAGAUCACUGGGAAGGAUUAAGAGACUAGGAUGGUAUCUGGAGGAGCCACCAGAUCUUAACAUCUGACGCAGGACACUCAAGGAAAGUACCCUGUCACUGCCAGAGGUGUACAGUCCAUUCAAAUCAAAAACGAAACUGUAAGAGGAACUGGGGAGCGGAGUAUGGGGUGUGGGACCUGUGGUGGAGUGACUCCUGGUUGGUUCCCAGGGGCCCGAUGAGUGACAGUAGCCAUAGCAGCAGCCUGCUCCGGGGCCGCCGCUUCUACUGUAGGGAAUGGGCCCUGGAAAAGCUCAGGCGCUGUCUGGAGGCCAGGUCCACUCCCGGCCGGUCCCCGGGGGUCCUGGUGACUGGGGGCCCCGGGGCAGGGAAGACAGCCCUAUGCACGGAGGCAGUAUGGCCCACCUCGGAUGCAGCGCUGGCGGUCGGGCUGGCACCCCGCUGCCUGGCGUUUCACUUCUGCCAGCGGGAGGACGGGAGGAGCGUUGCGGUGUGGAGGUUUGUCCUGGGCCUGGUGGAUCAGCUGAGGGCCAGCCCCUUCCUCCCCCUGGGGUACAGGGACACACUGGACACCCCCUUGGUGGCUCCCGCCCUGGAGACCCUGCACUGCCAGAGGGACCCGGACGACACCUUCAAAAGGUCUGUACUCUUUACGCCCCCUAGCAUCACCAACUUAUCUAGACAGCUUUGUGAUUUGCUCUGAUGUGAAUUCAAUAAGUAAUGAUAAUAAUGUCUGUGGAAGUGACAUUUCUAUAGAGACAUUUCAAACUCAAACAUUGAGUCACUCAGAUUGAUAGAGGGAUAAAUACGUCUGGGAAAUAUACCCAUUGUUUGAUUUGACAUAAUAGUCACACUGUCACAGUAGCACAUGAAUAGUCAUAGUAGCAUAAUGCAUUUGGAAAGUGAAAUAAAUCACACAACCACCAAGCAGACCACUUCUCCUAGCUAACUGUCCUUGACUACUUCCUUCAGAUAACAGGGAGUUUCCAUUAACUUUCAGAUUCCAUUUAACACUGUACUUUUAAAAGCCUGUCACUGCUGGUUGCUGCUCAGUCAAACAAAGAAGUCCCACAGAAAAAAAGCUAGCGAUUUGUUUACAUAUUCAUCUAUUUCUCCCCUAAUAAUACAAGCCAUUCAGCGCUCUCACAAUGGUCCUCCAGUCUGAAUGAACGCUACACUGCUAUUUACGACACGUCCUUUUAGAAACCAGAAACAAAGACGGGGGGAGAAAAAAAAUGCUUCCCUCGAGUCACAAAGACGGAGUCGUUGGUAUCGCUUGGUGAGGUCACCAUUCUCACGAGGACCCUCUGUCUGCCUGCUGCUGUCGCGCUGACUCUGGGGGGAUGAUUGUGGACGGUGGAGGUACGGUCACGCUCUCUCCCUCUGUUUGCUGUGUCUCUGGUGUACAGGGCUACAUUCCACAUUGCCCUCGGACUGACCCAUAGCCUGGAGGGAGCUGUGUGUGUGUUUGGAGCCUGAGUGAGAGAAAGUGGCUGCGGUUUGAGCCACUGUCAUGUGAACACUAAACAGCGGUUCGACAAACAGAGGAAACACGAGCUUGGAGUGACGGUGAAAGCAUAUGCAGAGGAUCCUUAGUUUAGAACAGAUUCUAGCGGGAGCCAUUAGAGUCGUUAACGCCACAUAACCGCUUAGCUUACACUGUCAACAAUCAACAGUGGCUAGUGGACCCAACCACCUCUAGGGAAUUGCUUUAUUACUAAUUUUUUUACAAGGCUUUUCCACUGCCUUUCAUACAGCUUUAUUCUGUGGUAGAGUUCAUACAGUUUGUCCUUAACUGUCCUUUUAACCACAAGGCUAUUUUCUCUUAUCUAACUGCUGUUCCACAAGGUUGGCCCGUAGCUAAAAGGGUCGGCAGUUUUAAAUCACUUCUCUAUACUUUGGACCAAUUAGGGUUCACAGGGCCGGUGUUGUCAGGCUUGUCUCCACACCUUGUCCAAUCACAGCAGGGCUGUGGGGUCAAAGGUCAGCCUUUCGGCCAGUACCACGAGGACAGGAUGGGGCAGGAUGCCCUGAGUCAAUUAAAGGGCCAUUAACCUGGUUCUGGGCACACACAGCAUGUGCUCACACACACACACACACACACACACACACACAGCGUUUGUUCCUCUCUUUUAUCAUAUCACUAAGGCACACAAACGUGCGAUAAACCUGUAGCCUAAAUGUUUUGGACUGGAGCCGACGUUGACAUCCCCUGUCAAAAGGCACUAAGUGCUUUUACACAAAAACUUGAGCUGAGUGUAUUGUUCAGUGUGAGUAAUGAAAAAAGGACUGCAGCCUUUAAAAUUGUGUUCGCUAGGCUAUGUCUUAUAUUUACGAUAGCUGACACCUUCCUCUGGAAACUUCUAAGAGAGAUAAUCUAAGCAGUGGUGAAUCCAUUGUUGUGAAUGACCAAGUCUCUGUUCUUCUGCCUUCUAACACAGACUCAACCCAUCAAACACUUUACAUCGUUACACAACCUUUUUUAAAUGUCACAUGUAUCCCUUCAUUAGGUCUCUAUCUCUGCCGCAGCAUGUUGUUACCAGGGUGAGAGACGGUGUUUAAACAACAUUUGUACAUUUUUAGUCAUUUUAGCAGACGCUCUUAUCCAGAGCGACUUACAGUUAGUGAGUGCAUACAUUUUUUUUUCAUACUGGUCCCCCCGUGGGAAACAAACCCACAACCCUGGCGUUGCAAACGCCAUGCUCUACCAACUGAGCUACACGGGACUACGGUCAUAAUGUCAUCACCUUCAUUAUGUUGCACACACACACACACACACACACACACAACACACACACACACACACACACACACACACACACACACACACACACACACACACACACACAGCACACACAGUACACACAAAGGGCCCAGGACUGAGUUGAGGUGAUGGGGAAAGGAUGUCCACAGUAGAUAUCCCAGUUCCUAGAUAGGGCCUGCUGCUACAUGGACUCAGGUGAGGUUAAUAGUUUUGAUAAGAAGGCUGUAGGAGGGCUGGCAGAGACUACAGUCCUGUUUCUGUGUGUGUGCCCAGGGCGGUACAGGAAAUCACAGAGCUUUUAGACAGGUCAGGAAUCACAUCUACCGCCUAGGGAGGACAAGGGUGAGGGAGGGAGACAGGGUGAGGGAGGGAGACGGGUGAGGGAGGGAAGAGGGAGAGCAGGGAGGGAGGGAGGGAGAGGACAGGGUGAGGGAGGGAGACAAGGUGAGGGAGGGAGACAGGGUGAGGGAGGGAGACAGGGAGGGAGGGAGACAGGGUGAGGGAGGGAGACAGGGUGAGGGAGGGGGACAAGGGUGAGGGAGGGAGACAGGGUGAGGGAGGAGACGGGUGAGGGAGGGAGACAGGGAGGGAGGGAGACAGGGUUAGGGAGGAGACAGGGUAGGGAGGGAGACAGGGUAGGGAGGAGACAGGGUGAGGAGGGAGGACAGGGUGAGGGGGGAGACAGGGUGAGGGAGGGAGACAGGGGUAGGGAGGAGACAGGGUAGGGGGGGAGAAGGGGGAGGGAGGGAGACAGGGUUGAGGGAGGGGGAAGGGGGGGGAGGGAGACAGGGGGGGGGGGAGACGGGGGGGAGGGGGGGGGGGAGGGAGACAGGGUGAGGGGGGAGACGGGUGAGGGAGGGGACAGGGGGGGGGGGAAAGGGGGGGGGGGAAAAGGUGAGGGAGGGAGACAGGGUUGGGGGGGGGAGACAGGGUGAGGGAGGGAGACAGGGUGAGGGAGGGAGAACAGGUUGAGGGAGGGAGACAGGGUGAGGGAAGGAGACAAGGUGAGGGAGGGAGACAGGGUUAGGGAGGGAGACAGGGUGAGGGGGGGAGACAGGGUGAGGGAGGGAGACAGGGUGAGGGAGGGAGACAGGGUGAGGGGGGGGAGACAGGGUGAGGGAGGGAGACAGGGUGAGGGAGGGAGACAGGGUAGGGAGGGGAGACAGGGUGAGGAGGGGAGAGACAGGGUGAGGGAGGGAGACAGGGUUAGGAGAGCACAGGGUGAGGGAGGGAGACAGGGUGAGGGAGGGAGACAGGGUGAGGGAGGGAGACAGGGUUAGGGAGGGGAGACAGGGUGAGGGAGGGAGACAGGGUGAGGGAGGGAGACAGGGUGAGGGAGGGAGACAGGGUUAGGGAGGGAGACAGGGUGAGGGAGGGAGACAGGGUGAGGGAGGGAGACAGGGUGAGGGAGGGAGACAGGGUGAGGGAGGGAGACAAGGUGAGGGAGGGGGGAGGACAGGGUGAGGGAGGGAGACAAGGGUGAGGGAGGGAGAACAGGGUGAGGAGGGAGACAGGGUGAGGGAGGGAGACAGGGUGAGGGAGGGAGACAGGGUGAGGGAGGGAGAAGGGUGAGGGAGGGAGGCAGGGGUGAGGGAGGGAGACAGGGUGAGGGAGGGAGACAAGGUGGAGGGAGGGAGACAGGGUGAGGGAGGGAGACAGGGUGAGGGAGGGAGACAGGGUGAGGGAGGGAGACAGGGUGAGGGAGGGAGACAGGGUGAGGGAGGGAGACAGGGUUAGGGAGGGAGACAGGGUGAGGGAGGGAGAAGCAGGGUGAGGGAGGGAGACAGGGUGAGGGAGGGAGACAGGGUAGGGAGAGCCAGGGUGAGGGAGGGAGACAGGUGGAGGGAGAGGGAGACAGGGUGGGGAGGGAGACAGGGUGAGGGAGGGAGACAGGGUGAGGGAGGGAGACAGGGUGAGGGAGGGGAGGACAGGGUGAGGGGGGGAGACAGGGUGAGUGAGGGAGACAGGGUUAGGGAGGGAGACAGGGUUAGGGGGGGGGGGAGGGACAGGGUGAGGGAGGGAGACAGGGUGAGGGAGGGAGAAGGGUGAGGGGAGGGAGACAGGUGAGGGAGGGAGACAGGGUAGGGAGAGCCAGGGUGAGGGAGGGAGACAGGGUGAGGGAGGGAGACAGGGUGAGGGAGGAGCCAGGGUGAGUGGAGGGAUGAAGGAUGUGGUGAGGGAGGAGGACAGGUAAGGAAACGGUGAGGGAUACUGAGAGAGAAGGGGGAGAAACAGCGUGUGAGACAGGGACAAUUGUCAUAUGACCAUGGGAUGACAGCGGAAAGUGCUCAGAAGCACAACCGGUCCACAUUGCCGGUUCAGACAGUGCAUGAAGGAUGCAAUAUGUAUAAGAGUGAAAGCUAGUCCAUUGGACAGAAAGAGAGGAGACAGGUGAAGCGCUCGAGAGUCAGAGGCGGAGAAGUGAGGAGAGAGAGAGCAGAGAAGAGGAGAGAGAGAGAGGAGGAAGAGAGAGAGUGCGAGGAGACAGGAGUAGAAGAAGGGAGAGAGAGACAGCGAGAUAUUAUGGCGCUACCUGUACGUCGCUGUAGGCAGAGAGUGCAGAGAUCAACGAGCUAUGCAGUAUCUCUCUCUAGAUCUCUCUCUCUUCUCUCAGCUACUCUUCUCUAUCUCUAUCUCUCUCUAUCUAUCUCUCUCUCGCAGGGCGGUGUUAUUGCUUUGCUGGACCUCCCCAGAGCAGCCUUGUAUUUGGUUGGCUCGGGGUGUGGGGCCGGGCGGAGGUGCAGGGCCGGGGGUUGGGCACAGGGAGGAGCAGCUCUAUCUCGGAGCUCCUGUCCAGUCACCAGCACCUCUUCCCCAGCUGGCUGCUCCUGGUCUGCUCUGUACGCAGACAGAACAAGGCUGUCUGUAAGAUGUUCUCAGGUAUGCCUGGACUGACUCAGCUCUUCCUUUGCAUAUGGAGUGAGCUGGCCUGUGUUUGAAAGCACCUCUCUCAAGUCAGGCUUUUCUACAAGCCUAUAGCAUGGACAAUAUCUCAAGUCAGGCUUUUCUACAGGCCUAUAGCAUGGACAAUAUCUCAAGUCAGGCUUUUUUACAAAAGGUAAACAAAACAAAAAUACAUUUGAAUGUCAUUAGAAUGUGGGUAGUGUUAGAAAAUGCUAAUUUUAAUCAACUGUGACGUGAUCAGGAACAAAGCAGCGAGGGACAAACCAUUGUAUUCCUGUCCUUGUCAGGCGUGCUGAAUGCCGGUUAUAUUCUACUGCCCACACAGGACCACAUUAGUUUUAACAAAGCACAGAAAACCCACACUCUCAUUAUCACAGGGUGGGUGACAUCUGAAGACGUCUUUGCUGGAGAGGAGAUAGGGAUUCUAUUUCCAACACAAUCCUGCUUAACACCAUUAAAUACUGUAGCGCUCUGACACCAACACAAUCCUGCUUAACACCAUUAAAUACUGUAGCGCUCUGACACCAACACAAUCCUGCUUAACACCAUUAAAUACUGUAGCGCUCUGACACCAACACAAUCCUGCUUAAAACCACUAAAUACUGUAGCGCUCUGACACCAACACAAUCCUGCUAACACCAUUAAUCCUGUAGCGCUCUGACACCAACACAAUCCUGCUUAACACCAUUAAACUGUAGCGCUCUGACACCAACACAAUCCUGCUUAACACCAUUAAAUACUGUAGCUCUCUGACACCAACACAAUCCUGCUUAACACCAUUAAAUACUGUAGCGCUCUGACACCAACACAAUCCUGCUUAACACCAUUAAAUACUGUAGCGCUCUGACACCAACACAAUCCUGCUUAACACCAUUAAAUACUGUAGCGCUCUGACACCAACACAAUCCUGCUUAACACCAUUAAAUACUGUAGCGCUCUGACACCAACACAAUCCUGCUUAACACCAUUAAAUACUGUAGCGCUCUGACACCAACACAAUUCUGCUUAACACCAUUAAAUACUGUAGCUCUCUGGCACCAACACAAUCCUGCUUAAUACCACUAAAUACUGUAGCGCUCUGACACCACCAGUGAAAAUGGAAGUGUGAAUCCACUGCAGGAUAUGGCAUUUUAUAUAUAUAUAUAUAUAUAUAUAUAUAUAUAUAUAUAUAUAUAUAUAUAUAUAUAUAUAUAUAUAUAUAUAUAUAUAUACACUACAUGACCAAAUGUAUGUGGACACCUGCUCGUCGAACAUCUCAUUCCAAAAUCAUGGGCUUUAAUAACCCAAUUAACCUAUUUCAUUAAGCUUCCAUCAAACAGUUAUUGUGCUGACGUUGCUUCCAGAGGUAGUUUGGAACUCGGUAGUGAGUGUUGCAACUGAAGACAGCACUCGGCGGUCCCGUUCUGUGAGCUUGUGUGACCUACCACUUUGCGGCUGAGCCGUUGUUGCUCUUAGAAGUUUCCACUUCACACUAACAGCACUUACAGUUGAUCGGGGCAGCUCUAGCAGGGCAGAAAUUUGACAAACUGACACCUUGGAAAGGUGGCAUCCUAUGACAGGGCCACGUUGAAAGUCACUGAGCUCUUCAGUAAGGCCAUUCUACUGCCAAUGUUUGUCUAUGGAUAUUGCAUGGUUUCGAUUUGAUACACCUGUCAGCAACGGGUGUGGCUGAAACAGCCAAAUGUAGUAAUUUGAAGGGGUGCCCACAUACCUAUGUAUAUAUAGUGUAUAUAUAUAUCCCUCUGGCCUGACUGCAGUUGAAUGCUACCCCAUACACAUUAUAUUAUUCUGUCUUUGCAGGGAAGUCCAAUACCUCUUCCUAAAAUAGAAAAACAAUCUCAAAUUACAAUAAGUGAGUUUCAAUAAGUCUCUGUCUCUCUGUCUCUCUGUCUCUCUGUCUCUCUCUCUCUCUCUCUCUCUCUCUCUCUCUCUCUCUCUCUCUCUCUCUCUCUCCUCCCUCCUCCAGGUUUCCGUAAACUGUGUCUGGACGACCUGCGGAAGCCGGCUCCGGUGCGUGACGUGCAGCAGUACAUCCUGCGGAGGCUGGACCAGGAAGGGGCGCUCCGCCGUCAGCUGACCCCUGAGACGGCCGACAUGCUCAACCUGCUGCACAUCAAGAGUGGCGGUUGCUUCCUGUUCCUGGAGCAGGUGCUGGACGGCGUGACGGCGGCCCUGGUGGGGCUCCGGGAGAUCCGAGACAUCCCCGGGACCCUCAACGGCCUCUACCUGUGGCUCUGCCAGAGACUCUUCCCCAGGGGCCUGUUCCUCCAGGUCAGGCCCCUCCUCAACACCCUCCUGGCCUCCCCUAGGCCCCUCACCACCCAGGAGAUCUACACCGCCACCUGGACCCAGGACAUGUCCCUCAGCCCUCUGGACUUCCAGAGCAGGCUAAAGGAUCUGUCCACGCUGCUCAUUGAUGGGCCGGGAGGCAGCAAGCUUCUGUUCCAUGCUAGUUUUGCAGAGUGGCUGACGGACGUGAAGUACUGCACCCAGAGGUAUCUUUGUAGCAUGUCUGAGGGUCACACCAUGCUGGCCAUGGCUCUCACCCUGCGCGCCCCACACCUUAACACCGAGGACACCUGUCAGAUGGGCUCGCACCUGAUCAGCUCAGGCAUGCACAAGGACAACCCUGCCUUCCUGGCCCUGUGGCUCUUGUGGGCUGAUGUGCCCCCUCUGGCUAGCUCCUCUCACCCCUCUUCCCCUGCUUCUCAGCCCCCUUUCCUGGUCAGGCAGGAGGUCCUCCAGCUGCUGAUGAAGAGCGGGGUGUUCCCUCCCUCCUGCACCCCAGACAGAGGUCCCAGCAUGGGGGUACACUGUGCAGGACGAGGGGGGACCAUCGUCCGGCGGGCGCUGGAGAGGCAGGACUCAGUGAGGGUGCUCUUGGACAGCGGGGUCAGUGUGAACCGGACCGACCCCACAGACGGACGCACCUUGCUGGCCAGUGCGGCCCAAGCAGGCUCAGCCGACGUGGCCGACCUGCUCCUGUCCAGAGGGGCUGACCCUCUGAUCAGUGACCACCAGGGCCAGACUCCCCUGACGCUGUCUGCCAGGCACGGCCAUGUUAGGGUGCUAGGGAUGCUGCUGGACUGGGCCAGGGGUCAGGAGCCGGAGACCGCCGUGAGGAUGGUGGAACACGCGGACAGCGAGGGCUGGACAGCCUUACGGUCAGCGGCCUGGGGUGGUCACACUGAGGCAGUGCACCUGCUGCUAGAUGCGGGGGCGGACGUGGACGGUUGUGAUGCGGAGGGCCGGUCGGCGCUAAGGGCGGCAGCCUGGGGGGGUCACGAGGAGAUCCUCCUCACGCUGCUGGACCACAGGGUACAGGUGGAAAAGGCAGACCGGGAGGGCCGCACGCCGCUGAUCGCCGCCGCCUACAUGGGCCACCGGGAGGCGGUAGAGAUCCUGCUAGACCACGGGGCGGAGGUCGACUUGGCCUGAUGGAGAUGGACGUACUGCCCUGUCUGUGGCUGCCCUCUGUGUGCGCACAACAGCCGGGGUCAAAGGUUAUGGAGACGUGGCCAGCCUGCUGUUGGAGCGAGGGGCUGACCCAGGGCACAGGGACCGGGAUGGGAUGACCCCUCUGCUGCUGGCGGCGUAUGAAGGUCAUGAGGAGGUGGUAGAACUAUUGUUAGAGGCCGGGGCUGAUGUAGACGAGAGCGCCGGGCCUGACGCCGCCACCUCUCCUGCUGUCACCCCGAUUUUGGCGGCUGCCGCCAUGGGCCAUACUAAGACAGUGGGCAGGGUGCUUUUCUGGGGCGCGGCGGUGGAUAGCAUCGACGGGGAGGGUCGUACAGCUCUGAGCCUGGCAGCAGCACGGGGCAGCGUGGAGGUGGUCAGCGCUCUCCUGGACCGAGGGCUGGAUGAGACCCAUAAAGACGAUCUGGGCUGGACCCCGCUGCACGCCGCCGCCUGCGAGGGCCACCGGGGGGUCUGUGCCGUCCUGACGGAGCGUGGGAGCAUGGCGCGUGUCGGAGAGAUGGACAUCGAGGGACGGACACCCCUCAUACUGGCCGCGCAGGAGGGCCACAGUGGCACGGUGAGGCUCCUGCUGGACCGCCGCUCACCCAUCGACCACCGGGCGUAUGACGGCCACUCUGCACUGAGCGCCGCCGCCCUGGAGGGCCACGCUGAGGUGGUGGAGCUACUGAUGAGGCGGGGCACGGACACGGACGUACGGGACGCAGAGGGCCGCCCGCUGCUCUAUCUCCUGGUGCUGGAGGGCAAUCUGGACAUGGCUGCCCUCCUCAUGGAGAAAGGGGGCGUGCCCCUGGAGUCCCGGGACGGGGAGGGGCGCACGGCGCUGCACGUGGCCUCCUGGCAGGGCAACCUGGAGGCGGUGGGGCUGCUGGUGAGCCAUGGGGCGGACGCUAACGCCCAGGACGGGGAGGGACGACCUCCCCUGCACUCUGUAGCCUGGCGGGGUCAUGUGGAGCCUGGCCGUCUGCUCCUGGAGGUCAGGGGAGUCAACGUGGAUCUGGCCUGCCACCAGCAGGGGGCCACGGCACUGAGCAUCGCGGCUCAGGAGGGCCACGCCAACAUCGUGGCUAUGCUGCUGGAGAGAGGGGCCAACCCUGACCACAUAGACAAGUACGGCCGCAGCCCCGUCAAGGUGGCCGGGAAGAGGGGCCACUUCACCAUCGUCAGGCUGCUGGAGAGCUACGGAGCCAAACCGUAUCCAGGCCUUCUGCGCCAAUCGAACACCCGGUCACCCCAGUCAUCCACUAUGAAAAGCCCGUACUCAGCCUGCUCAGGGAGUAACGGGGCCACCACCUCCACCUCCUCAGCCUCGGCCUCCUGCUCCCCAGGCUCCACGGCCGAUCGCUUCCACUCCAACCAGAGCUCCCAGACAUCCUCCUCCACAGCCCACUCCCUGGCCACGAUGCAGACCGUCCCCGCUGACAGCCUCUCUUUCACCCAGCAGAUCCAGCAGCACUCCCUCCCCCGCAGCCGCUCCCGCCCCUCCACCCUGCCCCCGCCCGGCUCCGCCCAUGGCAGCCUGCACGACAGCAGCCGCAUGGCCCGGUGCCCCAUGGCCAGUCCUCCUCCACCCACUCUCUGCACAGUCACGGCCAUGGUGCAUGACUCCGAACAGCCUUACCCAAGAGGGUUCGACUAUCCCAGUAAACACAAACCCCCCAGCCUGAUCCAGGAGGAGAGGCCUCAGUACGGAGCGGGGAGGUGGAACUCUGUCAUGGCUUCUCUAGGGGUGACGCCUGGACAAGAUGGCCCCAAAAACAGGGACAGUCCCCCUACGGGCUACCCUUACCAGCUCCAGAGCCCUUCCCAGAGAGGGACAUGGGAGGAGAACCAGAAGAUGUCCCUAUCCCCCACUACUGCCUUAUCUGCUGACUCCACGGUGGUCAUGACGACCACGGACCCCCAGCUCAACCUCAAACAGGCCAUCAAGCUGCAGUUUGAAGGGCCCAGCAGCGCUGCCUUAUACAAGAGGGAGACGCCUCUGUGA